AUGGGUGAAUCACGGACGCGGCCCGGGAUCUCCGUACUGGUUGCCGGACAGCGUCGUCGUAAGAGCAAAGCUCUGGACACUUUCGUGCUACUGCCAAAAUUUGCUUUUAGCAGCAAAAGCGUCAAUGACAUGGCAUCCUGUCAGUCCCCGUCGAGUAUUCCCCACGUGGCGCCAUGGCCUGACAAUAAUGACAAGAAAAAGCGCGCCCUUCGCAACGCCGUCGUUCAAGACGCGUACCCUGUAGUCGAUUACCCGCCAAAACGCACCACUCAAUCGCCAGCCAGGCUCCCCGCCAAGGGUUUGGAAUCAUCACAGAUGACAUGUACAGAUGACAUGUACAGAGGGAAUACAGAUCACAACAUCGCCAAGCCAAAUGUCGACAUGAUGAUUAAGUAA